AUGCCAACCCCAAUGUCUCUCGCGAGCCACCCCAGCCCGGCCUCGAAUUUACCAACAGCUGCCCCGGUAUUCGAGUUCAUCUGUCUCUUCACCUACGACCUGAAGCGCAAGCAGAAGAGGUGGCAAGAUGGCCGUCUCAAGUUUCACACUUUCAACAAGCGGAUCAUGGUCUAUGAUGAGAAAGGCAAUUUCAUUGGCGAUAUGCACUGGCGCGAGGACUUUGACUUUGGCGAGGGCGAGGAAAUCCACCUGGAACGCGGCGCCGUCAUUGUCCAGGUUGCUGAGUGUGUUGGAAGCAAAGACCAGGAUCUCACUGAACUCCUUGACAAGAGAGCUAGAGAUGUCGAUCAACGACAUGUUCGCUCCUCCUCCUCCCUCACCUCACCUCUACCUCCUGUAGGUUUCUCGCUUACCCCCAUGCAGCAGCAAGCGUUGCCGCCUCAGGGCCAGUUCAAGCAGCGGUCCUUGGCCGACCUCGUCAACACGCCGCGCGGGCCGCAAGGCAGAGCUACCAUCCCCACUACAUCUCCCUUUGAAGAGCGCAUCGCUGCACAAGAAUCAAACUCUCAGAACGAAACCCAGAGGUCAUCAAAGAGAAGAAAGAGGGAGGUUUCGCCCCCUAGCAAAUCAGGCUAUGCCCAAAAUCUGUUCGGUGCCACAUUGACUUUAUCGUCAUGGUCUGCCGGCGCCACGGCCCGCAGCCAGCCACCCACACCAACUGUUGCCUCUUCAUCUGAGAUCAACCAUCCGAUUGUUCUCCCAAAGGAUGCUGGUUUUAUCCCUUCAAAUCCAUCUGCCGCAUGGGAUCCCGCCAGCAAUGUACAGAGUUCUCCAGGGGACGCCCUUGUCACCGCAGCAGCUCAUAGAUAUCAAGGUUCUGCCAAGAACCCAUCAAAACCACCGCGGCCCAAGGUCCUGCCUACUCUAGGGCCUUCCAAAGGUUCUAAAAGGGACACUCAGAAUGACAGGACAAUGCUGGAGGCAGCCCGACUCCCUCAAGACUUUCACAAAGCAUUAUUUCAAAGCCACCAUCAGCAUAACAACAGCGCUAAUACCAAUGAGAGCGUUGCUACAAGGAAAACCGUUCGAACUGGCCAGGAUUUAUUGAGCGGACCAUCGUCAUGUCCAACUAGAAAUCACGGGUCCCAUGAAAGCAGUUCGCGUCUGUCUACGAACACCCCCUCUUACAUCAAUAAAGAUGUUGCAGAUACCACUGGAUCUUCUAUAGAGCAUAACAAAAUUUACAACAUGCAAUCAAGAAUCAAAGGAUUGCCAAGAACUAAUGUUGAGCUUGAAUCAUCCGAAGCGCCGAAAGCAACUCUCCGCAUCAAAGCUAGGCCAAAACGCGGCCUACUAAUGGUGGCGAACAAACCAAUGCCCGGGAACUUGGCAAGUCCUGCAAAUACGGCCGAGCCUACCUUAUCAACAAGAAAUAGAGUUAUUGCCGUCGAUGGAUUUUCAACAGGAUUGCCCGAAGCUACCGGCAUCUCGCCCAAUGACUGUAACUCUUAUCAUGCGGCCAGCAAGAGAGACGCCACGACAAAUUCUGACCGCGAUAUGUCUACAGAUAUGGCCUUGGGCAAUCGUGAAGCCGAGGGUUGUGCAGAACCCCCCCUGGAACAGUACGGUCACUGUGUACGGUCGGGGCCAAUUCGUUCCGCGCGCAUACAAUCGAUCAGCAAUUCUUCGCCACUCUUUGAAGAGCCGCAAAAGGAGCAGAGGGGCUCUGAGCCAGAAACACAUCGAAAUAUUGAAGUCAAGACUCUACUCUCUGGUCCACGGCUGGCAUCUCUUGGACGGAGGAGUAUAAAAAGCAAGGAAAUAAUUGGAUCCUUUGACAAUGAAGGGAUUCAAGGAUGUCGAGAAACCAUGGUAUCACCACCGAACGAUCAGAGUGUACCUACCAUGCUUUCGAGCACCAUAUUGGAAAUCAGCACUCCAUUGCCCGACAAAGUCGACAUUGCACGGCAAGAAGCGUCAAGGCCAGCAGAAGCAGCUCGAUUAAUCAACCCAGCAACGAGAGGACGCAAGGCAGCCAAGAAGUCCGAUGCCGCAGGGACCUUUCUGCAAUCAGUUAUCCCCGCCGGUAUGGGUGUUGCACCAGUUGUUGGUGUCGACAGACAAGACACUAACCUCUUAAGAAAAUCUAAUAUAGGGGGGACGGGCACAUCUAGUAAACCCAUCUCUAAAUUACCAGGGUUUUCAACAGCGAAUGGAGGCCCGUGGAGUAAAGAGGCAUUUGACUUACUGGGAUGCACGCGGCCUGGGUAA